CCUGCUCAUCCUCUCCUACGGCAGACUUCCGAUCGGAGACCAUCAAGCAGAAACUUAACUACGAACAUGUCUGUCACGGUGUACAGCAAAUCGCAGGUGGACGCAGUGCUGCUGCAGCUAUCUCGUCAACCAUCAACCCUGCUGGGAAACCAAGCUGAGGUCUUCUAUCAAGUGUCUGCAGCAGCAAAGCAACCAGACCUCGCACAAUGCAUGCAAAUCCCGCAGCGACUCGCGAUUAAUGCGCCUAAUCAUCACAUGCUGUUCAUGCCCGCCCGUGCGCUUGACACGACCGCGAUCAAGAUCGUCAGCGUGCCGAAAGACGGGAUACCCGGUGGGAUACCCGGGACCACACUGCUCUUUGACGAUGAGACCGGGGUGUUGAAGGCUGUCAUGGAUGCGUCGUCCCUCACCGCCGCCAGGACUGCUGCAGGCUCGGCAUUAGCGACGGCUCUGGUUCUUCCGCCUGGCACCUCUACCGUGUCGGGUAUCGCAGUCUAUGGAAGCGGUGCACAAGCAUACUGGCACGCAUUGUUGCUCACUUCGCUCUAUGAACGUACCCUCGAAAUGGUCGCUUUCAUGGUCCCCAAAGGGCGAAGUAGCACUCGUGCGAGAGCGACCCUUGAUCGGCUGAAAGCUGCGCUAAUGCCCGAGCGUUCAUCAACGCUGUCGUUUCUGGUGUCUGAGAACAAGAAUUUGCUGAAACACGCGGACAUUGUGUGCUGCUGCACACCUAGCACAACGCCGCUCUUCCGAAUGAACUCGCUUAAGCCUGGCGCGCAUCUCAACCUCAUCGGGUCAUAUAAACCACACAUGCAAGAAGUAGAAGAGCAGCUCGUUCUCCAAGCGCAAUCGCGGGGCCUGAUCAUGGUGGAUUCAAUAUCAUCAUGCCGUACUGAAGCAGGCGAUCUCUUGAAAGCAGAGAUAGAUUGGACCAAAACUCGCGAGCUUGGUACUCUCGUGCAGCCACCGCCCGCGGUGGAAGUCGAUGUUGCAGCCAACGAGCGCGAGAGAUCAGAGAUGGACGUCGCUAGCAUCGGGAAGGAUUCAACACGGUUCACGAUAUUCAAGAGUGUCGGGAUUGGCGCUCAAGAUGUCGCCAUUGCCAAGCUAGUCCAAAGGUUUGCUUCCGGGCAGACUGUGCAUGUGUAAAGGUCUGGCAUCUUCUUGAUUUGCCAAACUGCAAACAUAGUAUUGUACUGUACUGCUAAUGUGAAGAC